AUGUCGAAACAGAGAUAUGGUGCCCGGAAUUCUGGAUUGCCUUCAGUAUCUCGAUUUCAGAGUGGGUAUAUGCCAUCCGGGGUGGUGCCAGUUUCACGAGCUGUAAAUGUAGGCAAAGUCUUAGACAGCCCAGCAGGAUCUGACAUGGAUAUGGGGUCUGAUUCUGACAACGAGUUCAGUGGUGCACAACAUUCACUUGAAACAUCUCCGCAAGACAACAAAAUUUCCAAUGUUGACGCUAUAUACAAAAAUUCAUUGAAUGGGCGUAUGGAUAAUGCUGGCAGUCACAGGAAUCACUUGGGGAGUCCAGGAGGGCUCGGUGAUAGAUUUCCAGUGGGAUGCCUGGAUUCUGUCUAUGACGAACCAUCAGACUCCUUAACAAGCUCAGAAGUGAAUUCUAUGCCAACCAGCAAAACAUACGUGCCAGAUGCUUACAGCUCUCGUGUCAAAUUGCAGCCAAAUGAAGAGGAUUUCUGCAGUGUGCCAAUGCAGAGUGGUUCUGCAACUGUGAUCGAACCUAAUGCAUACAAGGGUACGCCUUUGGGUGCAACAGAAGUCAGGACUCCUGAACCAUCAGUAAGGACUGCGGCUGUAUCUUCUCAUUCUUUAUCUCCUCAAUAUCCUACAUUUCACGCAAGUGGGCUAGGUUACUGGUAUGGUGUUAUAUCCUAUGAGGCAUGUGUUCGGCUAUGUCUUCACUCUUGGGCGAAGGGCUGCAUGGAAGCUCCCGUGUUUUUGAAAAAUGAAUGUGCACUGCUGAGGGAUGCUUUUGGGUUGAAACAUGUAUUAUUACAAUCGGAGGAAGAACUCCUGAGAAAAGAGUCUUCAGAACUUGUCAGCGAAGGAGCUUCUGUAAAAACGAAGAAAACCAUUGGCAAGAUUAAAGUUCAAGUGCAAAGAGUGAAAAUGGGUCUGGACCCACCUAUGGGCUGCACAUUUUCAUCUUUAAAGUCAUCGUCUAUAGUAAAGCUGGAAUCAUUUCAGUGUCGGUUAUCCAAUGUAAAAUCAAUUUUCUCUUCUGAGAGGAGAGUGCUGCAAAAAGCACAUGUAACCCCAAGAGUUCCUAUCGAUGGAUCGUUUUUACAGCAAAGUAUGACAUAUAUAGUUGUUGGAACUCGCCGGUACAUGAAAGAAGUUCCUGAGCUCAUUAAAAUUGGUGUCAAUGCUUGGCGCAACAGUUCUUCAUCUUGUGAAGUUGUGCAAGAAUCAUAUUCUUGUUUAUUGAGACUAAAAAGUUCGCCCGAUGAGGAUGCAGUGAGAAUGCAGCCAGGAUCUGGUGAAACUCGUGUUUUCUUGCCAGAAGGGCUUGGAGAUGAUCUGAUAAUUGAAGUCCACGAUUCAAAGGGAAAGUGUUUUGGACAUGCUAUAGUUCAGGUGGCUGAUAUUGCUGAAGAAUUGGGAGAGAGGCUUCGUUCAUGGCCUAUAUAUCAUGAGCCAAAACAUGAACUAGUUGGGAAAAUACAGUUGAAUCUAAAUUAUUCGACAACUCCCACUGAAAACAGUAAUAAGUGUGCAUCUGUCGCUGAGACAAUUGCAUAUGAUUGUGUUCUGGAGGCAGCAAUGAAAGUACAACAAUUUCAGCAGAGAAACUUGUUGCUACAUGGUUCUUGGAGAUGGUUGGUAACUGAAUUUGCAUCUUACUAUGGAGUUUCAGAUGCAUACACGAAAUUGAGAUAUCUUUCGUAUGUUAUGGAUGUUGCCACACCAACUUCAGACUGUCUGGAGUUGGUUAAUGAUUUGCUUCUACCUGUUAUUAUGAAAGGCAAAACUAAACACACAUUGAGUCACCAAGAGGGUCGUAUUCUGGGGGAAGUUUCUGAUCAAAUUGAACAGAUAUUUAGUUUGGUUUUUGAGAAUUACAAGUCACUUGAUGAGUCGUCAUCAUCUGGUAUUGUCGAUGUGUUCAGACCUCCUACUGGACUGGCGGCUCCUGCUCUUACUCCUGCUUUGAAACUUUACAAGCUUCUGCAUGACAUACUUUCUUCUGAGGCACAAUUGAAAUUAUGCAGAUAUUUUCAGAAUGCUGCAAAGAAGAGGUCCAGGAUGCACUUGGCAGAAACAGAUGACUUGGUCUCCAGCAAUAACGAAAACAUAUUGAUGGAUCCAGUGGCUCUCUCUACUGCUUACAAGAAAAUGAAAUCACUUUGUUUGAACAUUCAAAAUGAGAUUUUGACUGACAUUGAAAUCCAUAAACAACAUCUUCUCCCUAGUUUCAUAGACCUUCCCAACCUAUCUGCAUCCAUAUAUAGUACAGAGCUCCAUAGUAGAUUGCGGGCAUUUCUUGUUUCAUGCCCUCCAGCUGGACCAUCACCUCCUGUUGUAGAACUUGUUAUAGCAACUGCUGAUUUUCAAAGGGAUCUUGCUUUGUGGAAUAUCAGUCCAAUCAAAGGUGGAGUUGAUGCAAAGGAGUUGUUCCAUUUAUAUACAAGUGUCUGGAUCCAGGAGAAGCGUCUUGCAAUGCUUGAAUUUUGCAAGCUUGAUAAGGCGAAGUGGUCCAGCUACCAUACAGCCAACUCCACGACUCCUUUCAUUGAUGACAUCUAUGAUCGGCUGAAGGAGACACUCAAAGAAUAUGACGUCAUUAUCAGUCGGUGGCCGGAAUAUACUUUUGCAUUGGAAAGUGCCAUGGCAGAUGUUGAGAAGGCAGUAGUUGAAAGCUUGGAGAAGCAGUUUGCUGAAGUUUUAUCUCCAUUAAAAGAGAACACAAUGCCCAUGAAAUUAGGUCUGAAAUAUGUUCAGAAAUUUACGAAGGGUAAUUCGACUCCUUAUGUCCCCCCCAAUGAGUUGGGAAUCCUUCUGAACUCCAUGAAAAGGUUGCUUGAUGUUCUGCGGCCCCCGAUAGAAGAACAAUUAAAGAUGUGGGGCUCCUGCAUUCCUGAAAGUGGUAAUGUGGUCCCGGGAGAGUCUCAAAGUGAAGUAACAGUGAUGAUUAGAACCAAAUUCAGAGCUUAUUUGCAAUCAGUCAUGGAUAAACUUGUGGAAAAUACAAAACUGCAGCGUGCUACAAACUUGAAGAAGAUAAUCCAAGAUGCAAAGGAAAAUGUAAUAGAGUCCAAUUUACGGGAUAGGAUGCAGCCUUUGAAGGAUUUGCUGGCCAAUACUAUUAAUCAACUACAAACUAUACUUGAAACUCAAGUGUUUGUAAUAAUGUGCCGAGGUUUCUGGGAUCGGAUGGGCCAGGACGUGCUAAGGUUUCUGGAGGAUAGGAAGGAAAACAGAUCCUGGUAUAAAGCGUCACGAGUGGCAGUAACUGUCUUGGACGAUACAUUUGCUUCACAAAUGCAACAGUUGCUUGGCAAUGCACUACAGGAGAAGGACCUGGAACCACCACGAUCUAUCCUAGAAGUGCGAUCGAUGCUAUGUAAGGAUGCUGUGAACCACAAGGAAAAUGACUACUACUACUGA